AUGUAUAAAUUCAGACAUUGUCAUUGGCUGGUCAGACAGUCUGCUGCUGCAUCAUUCAGUGAGGACGGCGUGUUCAGUCUGUGAGAAAUGCAGCAGGCCUGUUUCCCAAACAGUCAGAGCACGGGGCUUGUUGACCGGUUAGACUUCAGCAAAAGUCAAAACAACAAGAAGUCUAAAUGCAAUGCUGAACUAUUGAAUGAACAAGAGAAAUCACUUAAAAACUGAUCUUCGCUGAUCUGUUUUUUUAAACUUAAAACUUAAAUAUAACACUUAAAACUUCCAUUUCGGUUUCUGGAAAUCACAAUUAUGACCAAAUAUGUACACAAGGCAAGCCGAUCCUCGUUGAUACGUCUGUUCUGGGUUACUUCAGCCAUGAAAUAUGAAAGUGCUACCUCCUGGCUUUGGCUUAUCACACAUCCCUAACUCACAGCUUUGGUGUUGCACUGACUCAGAGAGGUUAACACCAAACUGUACUUCAGAUGUCCAGUAUUAUUAAUAAUCAGCGUGAGCCCCGUAACUUGUAGAACAAAUGCAUCACUCCACGGAGAGUCAAAGUACACCAACAGGAGUUACGAAGUGUGGGGAGAAAUAAUAUUAGUUUCCCUUUGUGGAUGGAACAGGAUGUGAAAAAUGUCCUUGCCGCUGUGUCACUGACAGCAAUUAGCUGGCAGUUAUGAGAGACUGUGGUGGGAGUAUGGAGGAGUGAGGCACACUGCAGCAAAACAGUGUGAUAGAGUCCACUGGAAGUGAUGAAAUGUAUUAGACUCCACAAUCUGCUGGGUUGUAAAUAUUUUCACACUGCCGAGAAGCAGUUAGAUCUUUUGUACUCCAGGGUUGAAAAGCGUGUUUGAAAAUGAUGGAACACAUUUCACUGGUAUGUUUUUUUUUUUUUUAUUUUUUUUUUUUUUUAUUGGGAGCCAACAGUUUCCGAGCUGAGAUCAAAGAUGAUUUUUUAAAAAUCUGUCCCAUGCUGAGUUUCCAGUUUGAUCUCAGUGUUCAAGCUGCUUUUGCUGUGGUGCAUUUUAUAAUUAAAAAUCAGACCUGGUAAUGUUUUACCUUUGCUCCGAUUAAAGUGUGUGCAGUUUACAUCUCUCUUAUUUUUCAUAAAACAGUUGCAAAGAUAAUUUCGCAGUUAAUCCCAAUGCACUCUGGGCGUUUGUGUCGGUGCGUGACAGAGAAAUCCAUACUUCCUUUCACUCCUCAGUCUCAAAGGUCCUUAAGUGAACUUUGUCACAACAGAUAGAGCCGAGCACUUUGUGGUUUUCAUUUUGAAUCACUGUCACUGACAAAAGGGAAGUAGACGACACAGAGGGACAAACUGUUUUUGUCAGAAAAGGACAGACUCAUGUGCUAUGGACAAAUCAGACCAGACUUGUGGUUUCUCCACUAUGUGUGAAUGGGAGUCUCCAGAUUAUGAGCCGACACUUCCUGUUUCAGAGAAGUCCAAUCCCCUGACGCGCAACAUCGACCGAGCUUCGGCCGACUGCAUUGUGAGGACGUUACAGGCCUGUGACGCUCAGAUGUUUCAAGAACAGACAGAAGCAAGCCACCAGAAGCUUUUGAGCGACCAAGUGGUGAAAACUUUGAUGGAGGUCGCCAAGAGGGUGGAAAUCAUUCUCAAGGAUCCUCAGGACUGCCUCGUUGUACUGAGCGGGUGUGGGACUUCUGGUCGACUGGCUUUCCUCAUGGCGACGAGCUUCAACAGAGAGCUGAGGAAGCUGAACCGGAGUUUGGUUUAUUCCUACAUCAUUGCAGGAGGAGACAGAGCUCUGCUUUCCUCCCAGGAAGCUCCUGAAGAUGACCCCAGAUCAGGCGUGCUCAGUCUGAAGAAGGUCUGUGAGGGAAAGAAGCAGGUGUUGUUCAUUGGCAUUUCCUGUGGAUUAUCUGCUCCAUUUGUGGCCGGUCAGCUGGACUUCUGCCUGCAGCACCCUGAGGUGUACACUCCUGUAGUGGUUGGCUUCAACCCUGCACAUCAAGCCAAGGAUGAGCCCAUACCUGGCUGCACAUUCACAUUUCACAGUGUGGUUCAAAGGAUGCAGGAGCUUUCCAAAAGUCAAGUGGCCUUCCUCAUCAACCCGACAGUUGGGCCAGAAGCCAUCAGUGGUUCUUCCAGGAUGAAGGGAGGCAGCGCCACUAAGAUCCUCCUGGACGUUGUCCUGUCCGCUGCUCAUGCUGCUGCCUUCACGAACACGCCCGUCACAUACGAGGGCAUCCUGCAGCACAUGAGAGCAUAUGACAAAACUCUGGAUAUCACAUACGCUAAGACCGAGGGGAUGACUGCUCUGGUGGAAGCAGCUGGACGGAGCCUGCGGUGCGGAAGCCGUGUGUGUUACCUGGGCUGGGGCUCUCUGGCUGUGCUGGGCCUCAUCGACGCCAGCGAGUGUGACCCCACGUUUGGAGCGGACUAUGAAGAUGUUCGUGGCUUCAUGAGCGGGGGAUACAGGAAUCUGAGCAACAACGAGGGUCCCCUCACUUCACUGGGUCCUCAGUUUUGCAUCUCACAUGAGGAUUUCCUGCGUUCAGUGCUGCCCUAUCUCAGCGACCAGGACACCAUUCUGCUUAUCUUCACACGCUCCGACGAUGUAACAGAGGUGGCAAAGUUGGCACGCAGAGUGAGAGAGAAGACGUCCAACCUUCAUGCUGUUUAUCACCACACUGAUGGAGACACUGCAGCUGCUGAACAAGGUGACAUCAGUAACCUGUGUUUAUCUACACUAAACGUCACUUGGCCGACACCUGCUUCAAGGAGCUUUCUACUCAUGCAGUGGGAGCUGUCCACUAAGCUGCUGUUGAACGCUGUGAGCACCGGAGCUCACAUCUUAAAGGGGAAGGUUUACCGGAACCACAUGAUCGACGUGCAGGUCACCAACAGCAAGCUCUACCGCAGAGCCACACAUUUACUCCAGAAACUGUCCGGUCAUCCUGAGUCCAAGUGUGAGGAAGCUCUUUUGAGGGCCAUCUACCGAGUGGACAAGCUGACACAGGACAUCACGUCCUCUGACAUGACCGCACACACACUCACAGCCAGAAAAAGGACCAAGGUGGUCCCUCUGGCGUUGGUCGUUCUGCUCACUGGUUGUGCUCUCUCAGAGGCGGAGUCUCAUUUGGAGCAACAGCCAAUCGUAAGGGAAGCUGUGGAGGCAUGGCUCUCAUAAUUGACAUGGCAUGAUGUCAUCGUCGAGCAGAGUCAGCGCACAUACAGAAUAUUCAUUUCCUUCCUCUCCGCAGAAAGGUCAGAGGUCAGCUUUAAUGUCUGUCUCAGUUAUUUCGUCAUCUUUACCUGGAGGCCUUGAAAUGCAGAACCAUGUUAUACCACUUGUAAACCAUAUUGUAGCAACAUGUAAAUGUACUGUCAGUUUGUACUGCACUUGCAAGAAGUGAGAAUAUACGAAUAUAAAAUCAAUCAAAUGCAGUAAUAAGAGUUAAAUUUUUUGGACUUUUUUAAUUACUGACCAAAACAAAAAGUGUUUUCCUGUUGUAUUUAAAGCACCAAUACCUGUAUGUGUUAGACUUAGUGUGUUAGAAAUCAGAAAUAAACACAAUACAGAGCAUUA